AUGACGACGACAACAAAUACUCCGCGAUUUAUUCUUGUUACUGGUGCAGCUGGUAGAAUUGGUAGUUAUUUUACUAAAAAUGCUAAUAAACAGAAAUAUAAACUUCGAUUAAUGGUACAUCCUUUGAAUCCGCCAGAAGAAAUCGAACCACUAAAAUCACAUGGUGAAGUUAUCGAAGCUGAAUUGGAGAAAGUGGAAACUUUACUAAAAGCAUGUGAAGGUGUUGAUACAGUUUUUCAUUUAGCUGGACAACCAGACCCUAAUGCAAGAUGGGAUUCAUUACUAAAAGAUAAUAUAAUAGGGACAUACAAUAUAUUUUUAGCAGCGAAAAAAUCGGGCGUAAAAAGAGUCAUUUAUGCAAGUUCUAUUCAUGCUAUAUCAGGUUAUUUUCAAGAUAUACAAGUUAGACCAACUGAUCCAGUCAAUCCAGGAGAUCUUUAUGGUGUAAGUAAAUGUUUUGGCGAAGCACUUGGAUGCUAUAUGGGUGAGCAAGAAGGACUUUCAACAAUUGCAAUACGUAUAGGUUCCUAUCAGCCUUAUUCAGUUUUAAAAGAUGAAUCAAGAAGUGCUACACUUAUGAAUAGUUGGUUAUCACAACCCGAUGCUGUUCACUUAUUCGAAAGAUGUAUUGAUGCACCACUUACUGUAAAAUUCGCAAUUGUACAUGGCCUUUCACGUAACACAUUUAAUCGAAUGGACAUUAAUUCAACGUGUGAAUUAUUGGGUUAUGAUCCACAGGACAAUUUUUUUGAAGCACAAGAAAGUUUUAAACCAUUAAAUAUAACAAAUAGAUUACCUACAUUUAGUCUUCAUGAUCGGCAACAAAAAUCUGGUCUUCGAGAUAAAUCACCAGAAUAA